UCCCGUUAGCUCAUCAGGCUGCAAUAUCCAAUCCUUGACAUUGCGAAGAUGGAGGCUAUUAUAGUCUAGACCAGGAUACACAGAAGAAAGCGCAAACUGCGAGUUUCAGAGGCUUGUUAUGACAAGAUUUCCAGUUGGUGCAGGUGGAGGCAGGAGGUGUGAGUAAAGCGCAGUAGUCAUCGGCAGCAUGUACUCCGAGUGGCGCUCACUGCAGCUGGUGGUGCAGAGUGACCAGGGCCACCUCAGUGUCCUGCACACCUAUCCCACCAGUGUGGGCACAGAGGUAGCAAAUGCAGUGGUCAAGCCUCUUGGUACUGCUGUGAGCCCUGUUGCCACAGAGAAUAUCCUCAAGACAGACAAGGAGGUGAAGUGGACCAUGGAAGUGCUGUGUUAUGGCCUCACUCUCCCCCUAGAGGGGGACACUGUCAAGCUGUGUGUAGAUGUGUAUACAGACUGGAUGAUGGCUCUGGUGUCACCCAGAGACUCCAUGCCGCAACCUGUGGUUAAGGAGCCCAAUAUGUACAUUCAAACCAUACUCAAACAUCUUUACAACGUGUUUGUACCAAGACCUGAGCAGCAUAGUCCAAACCAUAUCAGACUUUGCCAGCAGGUUCUGACUGCAGUCCAGAAACUGGCUCGAGAGUCUAUUUCCAUGGACCGGGAAACCUGGGAGGUGCUGCUCCUCUUCCUGCUUCGUAUUAAUGACACGUUGCUUGCCCCACCCACAGUUGGAGUCGGGGUGGCAGAGAAACUGGCAGAAAAAUUGAUGGCAGUACUGUUUGAAGUGUGGCUGCUGGCAUGUGCUCGCUGUUUUCCCACACCACCUUAUUGGAAGACAGCAAGGGAGAUGCUGGCCAACUGGAGACACCACCCACCUGUUGUAGAGCAGUGGAGCAGAGUGGCCUGUGCCCUGACCUCCAGGCUUCUGCGUUUCACCCAUGGACCAUCUUUCCCACCCUUUAAAGUUCCUGAUGAGGAUGCCACCCUGAUUCCUUUGGAGAUGGACAAUGAUUGUGUGGCACAGACCUGGUAUCGCUUUCUCCACAUGCUUAGUAACCCAGUGGACCUGAGCAACCCUGCAAUAGUGAGCACCACUCCAAAGUUUCAGGAACAGUUUCUUAACUCCAGUGGUAUCCCUCAUGAAGUGGUACUGCAUCCAUGUUUGAAACAACUACCACAGAUCUUCUUCAGGGCAAUGAGGGGUGUUAGCUGCCUCGUAGAUGCCUUCUUGGGUGUCUCUAUUGCAAAGAGAGAUGUACGGGAGAGGGUGUUCUCUUUUUGCCCUGUGCUGCUCUCUCAUGGUAUAUCGCGUCCCAGAGCUGACAGUGCCCCGCCCACUCCAGUCAACAGAAUGAGCAUGUCUCCACCCCCCUCCAUCACCAACACCACGCCUCCUCACAGCCGCAAGCAGCGACACACAGUGGUCACUAAAACCACAAGCAAGAGUUCAACUGGCAGUGGUAGUCAACCAACCAAAGCAUCCCAGCAGCAACAGCAGCAGCAGCAAACUUCUUCCUCCCCAACGCUGCUUUCCAGCCCCAAUCAGAGCAGCUGGGAGUCUCGGCCUCUGCCAGCCCCGGCAAGGCCGAAAGUCAACAGCAUCCUCAAUCUGUUCGGCCAGUGGCUUUUCGAUGCUGCUCUGGUGCACUGUAAGCUCCACAGUGGCCUCAGCCGAGACCCUAGCAUGACUGCGAUAGCCACUCAAGUAAAUCUGGAGCUGAGACGGAAAGGUUCUCAAAUGUCCAAUGAUUCCAUGGUGUCUAAUCCCAUGUUUGACACCAAUGAGUUCCCAGAGAGCUACGAGGCUGGACGUGCCGAGGCCUGUGGGACACUCUGCCGCAUCUUCUGUAGCAAGAAAACUGGCGAAGAGAUUCUACCUGUUUACCUGUCCAGGUUCUACAUGGUGUUGAUUCAGGGUCUCCAGAUCUCAGAUUUCAUCUGUAGACCAGUUCUGGCUUCUAUCAUUCUCAACUCUUCCUCUCUCUUCUGUACUGACCUGAAGGGCAUCAAUGUGGUUGUGCCCUAUUUCAUCGCUGCCUUGGAGACCAUUGUACCAGACAGGGAGUUAUCUAAAUUCAAGAUAUAUGUAAAUCCUACUGACCUGAGGAGAGCCUCCAUCAACAUCCUACUUGCCAUGUUGCCGUUACCACAUCACUUUGGCAACAUCAAAUCAGAGGUUCUGUUGGAGGGAAAGUUCAAUGAGGAGGAUGGAUGGCCUCAUGACCAGCCUGUGUCUUUCCUGUCCCUACGGCUACGUCUUGUCAAUGUCCUGAUAGGAGCACUGCAGACUGAGACUGACCCCACUAACACACAGCUCAUCCUGGGUGCAAUGCUCAAUAUUGUUCAAGACUCAGCACUGUUGGAGUCCAUUGGUGCACAGACUGAAACAGGAAGUAUAGACGGAAGCCACAUCACAUUGAGGAGUCAGAGUCACAGUCGCACCAAUAGUGGCAUUAGUUUCACCAGUGGAGGCAGCACUGAGGCGACAAGCCCAGACUCUGAGCGCCCUGCCCAGGCCCUGCUACGAGACUACGCUCUUCCAGAUACGGCGGCAGGCCUGUUGGUGCGCAGCAUCCACCUGGUCACUCAGAGGCUCAACUCUCAGUGGAAGCAAGACAUGAGCAUUUCACUGGCUGCUCUGGAGCUGCUGGCUGGCCUAGCAAAGGUAAAGGUGGGAGUAGACUCAGCAGACCGUAAACGUGCCGUCAGCUCUAUAUGUAGGUACAUUGUGUACCAGUGUAGCCGGCCUGCUCCUCUUCAAUCCCGAGACCUCCACUCUAUGAUAGUAGCUGCCUUCCAAUUCCUGUGUGUAUGGCUCACAGAACACCCUGACAUGCUGGAUGAGAAGGACUGUCUGGUAGAGGUGUUAGAAAUUGUAGAGCUGGGAAUCUCUGGUAGCAAGUCCCGACAGGAGCAGGAAAUUCGACAUAAAGGAGAAAAGGAGCACAAUCCAGCUUCAAUGAGAGUGAAGGACGCUGCUGAGGCCACUCUGUCCUGUAUCAUGCAGGUGUUGGGGGCCUUCCCUUCUCCCAGUGGACCCGCCUCCACCUGCAGCCUACUGAAUGAAGACACCCUUAUUCGCUACGCUAGACUGAGCGCUACAGGAGCCAGCAACUUCCGCUACUUUGUGCUAGACAACUCUGUCAUCCUCGCCAUGCUGGAGCAACCACUUGGCAAUGAACAGAACCCCUGUCCAUCAGUGACAGUUUUAAUCAGAGGCACUGCAGGCAGACAUGCCUGGACCAUGCAGCUUUUCCACCAACCCAGAGGAGCUCGAGCCAAUCAGAGGCAGGUGUUUGUUCCUGAGAGCCGUCCAAUGCCUAACAAUGAUGUGGGGAUAAAAUACAACGUCAAGCAGAGGCCUUUCCCUGAAGAGGUGGAUAAGAUUCCUCUUGUCAAAGCUGAUGUCAGUAUUCCUGACCUGGAUGAUAUUGUCAGUAAAGAGGUGUGUUUUUUGAGCUGGCAGGAUGAUUCAAGAGCUACAAAUACACUGAUGAGUAAUUUCCCACACUUGGAAAUUCAGCACGACCGGCUUCGGAUUCUAAUGACCAAGCAGAUAGAGUAUGAGACUUCGUUGGAGCGGCACAGUGAGGAGAUCUGGAAGUCUCAGUCUUUCCCUGACCCACAGACAGACUGCAAACCCCCGCCACCAUCGCAGGAGUUCCAGACAGCAAGACUUUUCCUCUCCCACUUUGGCUUUCUGUCUCUGGAGGCACUCAAGGAGCCCAACAACAGUCGUCUACCUCCGCAUCUGAUUGGCCUAGAGUCAUCCUUGCCCGGGUUUUUUGAUGACAUCAGCUACCUGGACCUGCUUCCCUGUAGACCGUUUGACACCGUAUUUAUUUUCUAUGUGAGAGCUGGACAGAAAAACAGCCAUGAGAUCCUGAGAAACGUGGAGUCGUCGACCAGCGUCCAGCCUCACUUUUUGGAGUUCCUGCUGUCCUUGGGCUGGCCUGUGGACGUGGGACGUCACCCAGGGUGGACGGGACACCUAGAUACCAGCUGGUCCCUCAACUCUUGCUCGGACAGCAGUGACAUACAACAAACAGAGGAAGCAGCUACUCCUGAAGACACGGGAGGUUCAGUGUUCAAUGGGGAGAAGAAAGUUCUGUAUUACGCUGACGCUCUAACAGAGAUUGCCUUCGUUGUUCCGUCUUUGACAGAAAACUCUGAGGAGUCGUCGGUGCACAGUGACUCCACAGUGGAGGCAGAUACCAACACAGAUAUCAUGCCUGCUUUACUCAAACAACCCAACCUCACACUGGAGCUGUUCCCUAACCAUUCAGAAAACCUGGAGUCUGCUAAGAAGCUGAGUCCUUUGGUGAAAACAAAGAGGUCAUCAACUGGAAAGUCUUUCCCAGCACUGGGUCCUGAGACAAAAGUGUUUGUGGUCUGGGUGGAGCGCUUUGAUGAUAUUGAGAACUUCCCGUUGUCUGAUCUCUUGGCGGAAACCAGCACAGGCUUGGAGGCUAGCAUGAGCAACAGCACUUCCUGCAGGUCAGGGUUACUAGAGAAGGACGUUCCUCUGAUCUUCAUCCACCCUCUGAAGACGGGACUCUUCAGGAUCCGGCUGCAUGGAGCCGUGGGGAAAUUUGGCAUGGUGAUUCCCCUGGUGGACGGCAUGGUGGUCAGCCGCAGAGCUCUUGGUUUUCUCGUGCGUCAAACAGUCAUCAAUGUGUGCCGACGGAAGCGGCUGGAAAGUGACUUGUACAACCCACCUCACGUGAGGCGGAAGCAGAAAAUCACUGAGAUCGUCCAGCGUUACCGCAACAAGCAGCUGGAGCCGGAGUUUUACACCUCGCUCUUCCAUGAGGUGGGGGAGGGAAAGCCUCACCUCUAAUAACCCUGACCUGUCCUAACACUGGCACACAUGCAAAUACACACACACACACACACACACACACACACACUCGUCUCUCUCACAGAAUCUUUAUAUUUAUACUGUACUAUUUUGUUAUUUAUAUGAAUACAUAUAUCUACACUGUCUGCCUUUGACUCUGAGAGCAAAGUGUCAAAAACCAUGCCAAGGUGGGAAGGCUACAUUUCUGUGUUGCAGCCACUUGCGGAACAUUUGAAUGGCUGAAGUUCAACAGUGACUGUCUCUGCUCAUUUAGGUUCAUGUUUUGUGGCUAAAAAAGGUUCUGCUCAUCUUUAACUGCAAUACAGUAGUUACAGUGUUGGCCUUCCUGAACAUGUAAAAGUUCCUUUAGUCCCUGUCACACGAGUGAUUUGGUUUGGUAAAAUACAAAGUUGUGUCCAAAACAUCAGAUCUGUUUUUGUUUUGAUCGAACAGAUUCAUAGUUGGAUCUUUUGCCAAGGAGAUAAACAUGCAAGUGUCACAAAAACAACAGAUUGCUGCUGCUUCAAGGCAAGUUGCUAGAUAGAACAAAGAAAUGGCAGACAGCAUUCAAACAUCAUGUGAUUUUACAACAGUUACUUACACCCAAAUGUCUGCUUAAGUCUUCCUAAUGCAAACACAUUCGGCCACUGAGGUUUCUUUUUUCUUGGUAACUUAUAGGACUUCUGUGUUCUAUUACUGUAUGUGGAUGCCAUUUUGGUACCUGCACUGUCUCUGUGUCAGUCAUCUCAUCUCACAACAGCCUCUGCACUGUGUGCUUGUGUUCAUGUAUAUUCAACCAGUUAAAUCAUUGACACUACAAGGAGUCACAGUAUAGAUUGUUAUUUUAAAUCCACUACUCUCAUUUUCAUAAUUCUGGGAAAUUAAAAUGUCUCUUUUUUUUCUCUGUCCAGAUAAAACCCUGACUGGUAAACUCUUAAUGCUUAGUAAUAGUAUAGUUGUCUUGUAAGGAGAGCAGUCACAGAGCUCCUGGAGUUUGCACUUAAUAAUCGCAUGGCCAACACGAAAUGAAAACAAAGAGGUUUUAGUUUUAAAGUCUCAAAAAUGUAGUCACAUUCCAUCAAAGUGCAGACGGGUCAUUUUCAGUGGACUGUCUUUCCCUCUCAAUGUAAUUUUAAUGACACUUCCACUACCACGAUGGGUACAUGUCUCAUUAAAACUGCAUUGAAGGGAGUGAGUGUUUCGACCUCCAGUUCUGAAGGCAUAACAAAGCAAAACUGUGACACAGAGGAAGUGUUUCUUGCUCAUCCCAACAAAAUCUGCCAUGAUGGAUGUAGAGGCCAAAAUAAUCACUACAGCCAAUAGCGACGUGGCCAUAGCUAUAUUCUUUCAUUCAAAAUGAAAUGGAAUAUUUGAUUUAUAUUAAUUUUGGAUUACAGAGACGAGCAUGUUUGCCAUAACAAAUGUUUUAAUUUCACUAUUUCACUCACUGUACUUUUUGUUCAAGCCCUCUCACUGUCUGCCUGUAACAAUGUGAAUUUAUUUAUCACAAAGAUUGAACAGGGCAAACACCUCUAGUUUGUUUGUUAUAUUAGAAAGUCUUAAUGCACUGAGCACAUUUUGUUUAUUUUCUAUUCCCUGUGGCUACCUUAGCAUGUCUUUUUGUACUUUUCAGCAUUUUGAGAGGAAAAAAACCCUGCUGAAGGAAGAGUUUUAUCUUGUGAAAUAUGAAUGAAGAAGGCGACGUUGGCGAGUUUUUAAUCUAACAUGUCUAAAUGUGUGACUCACUUUUUAUGACCGUGCUUUAUGCACAUGCCUUUUUUUGGAAGGACAAAGUACAUUAAAUAUGCUUCGAAGAAACUACAUACAAUCAGUCAUACAUUGUAUCCUAAUGUUACUCCUCUGGUGUUUGAUCAUAUUUAAAGGAUUUGCCUUGUACAGAAGCAGAGGAUAAUAUGUAAAUAUAUGAUAGUGUCAGGCAUUUACAAGUUGUUGCAUUCAUCUGAGAUGGUGAGAGAAGUUUUGUAUGUAUGCAAUUAUGUGUGGGAGGAUCACAGUGGGUAUUGAAUGUAACAUGCAUCAAUUAAAACUAUUAUUGACCUUUUAAUUUCUCCCAUUCCUAAUAUCUUUUAAAACGUUUUGUUCACAGGGUUUCUGUGAGAAAUAAAAGGAAUUUACAUUUUUAA